UCCGAAAUUGUAGGCGCAUCAUAUCAUUUCAUUCAUUCUUCGAGCGAGGACAAACUAUCGCAACCUGCGGAAAUUUAAGUUCUGCAUCAUCUUAUUAUUGGUCGUAAUAUAUUGAACAGCCUAAUACACAGAUGGACGGAACAGGAGAAAGAAGUCGACCAACAAUUUCAAAUGGUACAGAAUAUUUCUCUUACGUCUAGACCACAGAGUUCAGGAGGGGAUAAGGCACCGAGGUCACAACGGCAGAAUGCCUGGAGGGUCCCCCGACAGCGACCGAGACAUCACCGUCUCACAGCUCAGACAUGCAGCCCAUCAGAUGCAAACAGACUUUGUAGAUCAGAUGCAAGAUAGAUUACACAAUUUGUUGGAUGGGUUUGUUGGAGAGGUAACGAGGAUGGGGGAGUUAGAAUCACCUGUCAAGGAGAACCCCAAAGGAAAGAGGGAACCUCUUGCACAGAAAGUGUUUGUACCACGUGAAUCCCUUCUGACGAUACUUUUGAAAGACAAGAAUAUACAGACAAUCUACAAUAUUUUAGUAGCAAUGUUAAUCGUCAUCAUCAUGAAUACGUUCACAACAGAUUUACUAGAAACUGGAAGCAUACGUCUAGACUUUGGUCUUCUUCAGAGAGCGUUCGGUCAGGCCCCCAUUGUUCUGUGGACUUGGUUCUUGAUGCAGAUCUGGGCCAUGUUAUUUUUCUACGGUACCUUUCAGUACUGGGCACAGCAUGGGUCUUGUUAUUACACGCCCUUGAGAUUGUACAUUCCUGAUGGUGUGUGGUUAGUAGUAUACAUCACCUACCAAGUUAUCUUCCUCUAUGUGCCGAUGCAAGCCAUCCUCGUCCAUUCUCUUCCAUUCGCAUCCUCCAUCAUCAUCACCACCGAGCAGCUCAGACUCCUCAUGAAGAUGCAUGCCUUCAUGAGGGAGAAUGCUCCAAAAGCGUUGGCAUGGAAACAACAGAGGAUAUCAGCCAAUAAAUCCUCAAAUGGCCAUUCAAAGGUACCGAGAGAAGCACAAUCGGACGAUGGCGAUGUAGAUAACUCCGUUGCUAAUGGCAACCAUACUGAAGAAGCCUUGACUCCAUGCCCCGAUUUUUCUAAGUACCUCUACUUUCUCUUCUGUCCGACCCUCAUCUAUCGAGACUCGUAUCCCAGGACAGCCCAUAUCAGGUGGGAUGUCGUCAGAAUAAAUUUCCUCCAGGUCCUUGGAUGUUUAUUCUAUACUUUCUACCUCUUUGACUGUUUCUGUAUCCCGCUCUUCAAGAACUUCAACGAAGAUUUAUUGUCGAUGAAGGGUUUGGCAAGAGCAAUCUUCACGUGCAUGCUCCCAGCUACACUCAUGCUUUUACUUGCCUUCUUUGCAAUACUCCAUUCCUGGUUCAAUGCCUUUGCCGAAAUGCUACGAUUUGCAGACAGGCAGUUUUACAAGGACUGGUGGACAUGUAAGAAUUAUUCCACAUACUACAGAACAUGGAACAUUGUUGUCCAUGACUGGCUCUAUACAUAUAUCUACAGGGACUGCCAGCUUGCAGGAUUCGGAAGACUAGCUAGUAGCUUGAUGGUGUUUGCAAUAUCAGCUGUAUUCCAUGAAUAUAUCGUUGUCAUGGCAUUUCGAUACUUCUAUCCAGUCCUGCUAGCAUUCUUUGUGGGUUUCGGAGUGCCCUUGUCCCUACUCCUUACCGGCGAGUGGAAGUCAGCUGUUUGGAAUAUCUUCAUGUGGAUCACACUGAUCUCUGGAAUGGGUAUAAUAUUAGUUCUAUACAGUCUAGAAUGGUAUGCAAGAUUCUCCUGUGAUUAUGAUAGGGAUACAUGGACGCAUUUGUUGGUACCUCAAUCGUGGGGCUGCAAACUGUUAUAGCAGGUCACAUGAUCACAAGCCCCUCCCAAGUCGGUCGCUGGACGGAUGUGAUAACAUUGGACAGACCUAAAGAAUGCUUUUGAAAUAUUCAGGAAAAUGAAAUCAUUGAUUGUAUGGUAUGAAAUAUUGACAGUGCAUGGAUAGCUCUGCAAAGUCUAACAUCAGGUCACAUGAUCGAAUGCCUACCAAUGUAAUUUCACCAUGGAAACACGAGAGCAAUAUCCAUGAAACUAGUUUCCAUUCAGCAUAGAUUCAGAAGAAAGGAAAUUGCUCAUAUUUGCUCACUCUCCAUCAUAUUCUCCUAGGGGACCUACAGCUUGCCGUCCAAUUGGAGGAACGGAUUUGAUCGUCUACCAACCCUUGAUUUCUGUUAUUUUUUUUAUAUAUAAGUCAGAUGUUCUUAUUUCACUUAUCAUUCAUUGCAUUUGUUUCU